GAAAGGGGGGACGCCACACGGACUCUGGCGAGGGAACACGUGUGCAUGCAACAUGCACACAUUCUGGCUCCGCCUACGAGAACCGCCGGGUGGUACCUGUGCGUUCGACAGUCAGAGACCGUCUACCACCUACGGACAAUCACAACAUCCAUAGCCAAGAGAAAAAUUUCUCUUGGAACGGGAUUCGAACCCGCACAGCGCACGGCGACUGAUCAGGAGACCGAAGAGUCUACUACUGCGGCCACCGUUGCUGAAUUAAUUCGACUGCAACAACAGGGAAUAAAAAAGAAGCCUCUAUCCAGAAAUUAGCUUCCUGGUUUGUGUGUUAUAGCUGGAAGAGAACGGGCGAACAACUAACAGGUGAGAAAAUAGGCUACACACAGGGAUAUAUCACGUCGGAGAGGUUGCGAACGACCGUCCCAUAUUAAUAAUUUUACGAGGUCUCGAAUAG